GCCCGGGUCACGCCUGGCAAUCGAUAGCGGCGCGGCGGCGGCGAAGCAGUCGCUGAACGAGCACAAGGCGCGUUGGCAGGGGCCAGGCAGUCCGCCGCGCGACGUCGGCGGCGUGCGAGCGCGGCUGACAUAAGAACGCGAGCGACUCCAUGCGACCACCGCUCGUGCCAUGAGCGGCGCCCGCCCCCGCAGCGCGCCGCUGCUUUUGGCGCUUGCAGCUGCCUUUCUACCACAAGCCAACCAUGUCGCGGGUGCCGGUGGGGGUGGCAUGUUCGGCGAUGUCAAUAUAUCCGCUAUUUUGGAUUCCUUUAGUAUAAGUUACGACAAAAGAGUAAGGCCAAACUAUGGAGGUCCGCCAGUGGAGGUGGGCGUCACCAUGUAUGUGCUCUCUAUCAGCUCCGUCUCCGAAGUGCUCAUGGAUUUCACGUUGGAUUUUUACUUCAGACAGUUUUGGACGGAUCCGCGACUAGCGUACAAAAAAAGGCCAGGCGUUGAAACAUUGUCAGUUGGUUCCGAGUUCAUUAAGAACAUAUGGGUGCCAGAUACGUUCUUUGUUAAUGAGAAGCAAUCUUAUUUCCACAUAGCCACCACUAGCAACGAAUUCAUACGUAUCCAUUAUUCAGGCUCAAUUACUAGAAGUAUCAGAUUAACAAUCACAGCAUCAUGUCCCAUGAACCUGCAAUACUUUCCAAUGGACCGGCAGUUGUGCCACAUAGAGAUCGAGAGUUUCGGCUACACCAUGAGGGACAUCCGAUACAAGUGGAACGAGGGCCCUAACUCUGUGGGCGUGUCGAGUGAGGUGUCGCUGCCGCAGUUCAAGGUGCUCGGUCAUCGCCAGCGAGCUAUGGAGAUAUCUCUUACCACAGGAAACUAUUCAAGACUGGCAUGUGAAAUACAAUUUGUCCGCUCCAUGGGGUACUAUCUCAUUCAGAUCUACAUUCCUUCUGGUCUGAUUGUAAUCAUAUCCUGGGUGUCGUUUUGGUUGAAUCGGAAUGCAACACCGGCUAGAGUAGCCUUGGGUGUCACCACCGUGUUGACCAUGACCACGCUUAUGUCGUCCACGAACGCUGCUCUGCCGAAGAUCUCAUACGUCAAAUCUAUCGACGUCUAUCUCGGCACCUGCUUCGUAAUGGUCUUCGCCAGUCUAUUAGAAUACGCGACUGUGGGGUAUAUGGCUAAACGAAUACAGAUGAGAAAGCAAAGAUUUGUGGCUAUUCAGAAAAUUGCGUCCGAAAAGAAAUUGCCACCAGUCGACUGCCCAGUAGGAGAUCCGCACACUCUGUCAAAAAUGGGAACUCUAGGGAGAUGUCCGCCGGGAAGGCCUUCGGUAAGCUGUUCGGAGGUGAGAUUUAAAGUCCACGACCCUAAAGCACAUUCGAAAGGCGGCACGUUAGAAAAUACUAUAAAUGGAGGACGAAGUGGAGGCGACGACGAGAACCCAGGACCACCUCCCCACAUACUUCAUCCUGGCAAGGACAUCAGCAAACUACUGGGCAUGACGCCGUCGGAUAUAGACAAGUAUUCGCGCAUCGUAUUCCCGGUGUGUUUCGUAUGCUUUAACCUGAUGUACUGGAUCAUAUACCUUCACGUAUCCGACGUCGUGGCUGACGAUUUGGUUCUUCUGGAAGAAGAUAAAUAGAGGGCGCUGAUUAAAAUCCACUUAUUUUUCCACCCAAUAUACCUCGAUAAUAAUUUGAAACAAAACAAGUCAUCCAAUUAAAGUAAGCAAAUUAACCAAAACUUGCUAUUGUGUAAAUGUCGAACGAUGUAGGAAUCGGUAGCGUCACGGUAAUUUGUAGAUUUUAUGACUAGCUAAUUAUUUCCAAAAAAGAAUUUGUAGAUAUAACAUAACGCCUAGGUGUUAACUUUAUACAUAUACUAAAAAUAUCGUAUGAAAAUGUAAAUAUAUUAGUAACAUGAAAAAUACGAAUAAUUAGGAAAGUAUAAACCUAAGAUAAAUUCUUCUUGGAGUCUGA